CCCCCCAAGCCACACCACCGCACAGACACACACCGCUGCUUCAAGAAACCACCGAGGCCAAGCGCGCAAGGGAAGAGAGAAGCAAGGAGGAAAGAUGGAGGGCAAGGAGGAGGACGUUCGCCUGGGCGCCAACAAGUUCUCGGAGCGGCAGCCCAUCGGGACGGCGGCGCAGGGCGCCGGGGAUGACAAGGACUACAAGGAGCCCCCGCCGGCGCCGCUGUUCGAGCCCGGGGAGCUCAAGUCCUGGUCUUUCUACCGCGCGGGCAUCGCCGAGUUCGUCGCCACCUUCCUCUUCCUCUACAUCACCAUACUCACCGUCAUGGGCGUCUCCAAGUCCACCUCCAAGUGCGCCACCGUCGGCAUCCAGGGCAUCGCCUGGUCCUUCGGAGGAAUGAUCUUCGCGCUCGUCUACUGCACCGCCGGCAUCUCCGGAGGGCACAUCAACCCGGCAGUGACAUUCGGGCUGUUCUUGGCCAGGAAGCUGUCCCUGACUAGGGCCAUCUUCUACAUAGUCAUGCAAUGCCUCGGUGCUAUCUGUGGAGCUGGAGUGGUGAAGGGCUUCCAGCAGGGACUUUACAUGGGCAACGGUGGUGGUGCCAACGUUGUCGCCCCCGGCUACACCAAGGGAUCAGGCCUUGGUGCUGAGAUCAUUGGCACCUUCGUCCUGGUCUACACCGUCUUCUCGGCCACUGAUGCCAAGAGGAACGCCAGGGACUCCCAUGUUCCUAUCCUUGCUCCACUGCCAAUUGGGUUUGCUGUGUUCCUGGUCCACCUUGCCACCAUCCCCAUUACUGGCACUGGCAUCAACCCAGCUAGGAGCCUUGGCGCUGCCAUCAUCUACAACAGGGAGCACGCCUGGAGCCACCAUUGGAUCUUCUGGGUCGGCCCCUUCAUCGGCGCUGCCCUGGCUGCCAUCUACCACCAGGUGAUCAUCAGGGCCAUCCCGUUCAAGAGCAGGUCUUAAGCUGCCGCGGCGGCCCUGCCGAGACAUGCCAGUCCGACGAAGAACCGAGCGUCUUCAUCUCCCAUGUCUUGUGUGCCCACGCCUAGCAUCUCCGUCGAUUCCUCUCGUCUGUCUUCAGGACUGCUGCGCUGUUCUGUUUAUCUGAACCCAGAACCUGUGUAUUCCUGUACCAGCUGUGUAUGCUUUUUCUAUCGUGGAGAUUUAAGUUAUGAGCAUUUGUUGCGAGAGUUUGCGUCCA